AUGAUUAGUAUUACACCUCAAUGUCCUGCUCAUCCUCCCCCUCCACCCCCAUUAUGCUGUGGAUGUCGUCAACCAAUUUGGGAUCCACAUUUAUUAUGCAUUGAUCAUAAUCUAUGGCAUGAAAACUGUGUCACAUGUUCUGUAUGCCAAUGUCUGCUACGUGAUAAAUGUUUGGUGCGUAAUCAAAAGUUAUUUUGUCGAAAUGAUUAUAUCAAUCAAUUUGGUAUUCGUUGCAAGGGUUGUAAUCAACCAAUUCGGUCAGAUGAUCCAGUACUAAGAUUAUACACUUAUAAAACUACACAAUCAAUGUCAACACAAAAUGAACUUUUAGAGAAACAAGCUUCAUUAGAAUUUCAAUCUACAACAACAAUACCAACGACAACAUCUGAAGUCUACCAAACAAAUGAUGACAGUGACUCAACGAUGAUGAUGAUGAUGACGACGAAAGACUCCUACAAUUUAUCCGUUGUUAUUCAUUAUUUUCAUGUAUACUGUUUUAAAUGUUGUGAUUGUAAUCGAUUGUUAACAUCAGGUGAAGAGUAUACAGUUAGAGAUUGUAUGCCAUUAUGUAUUAUGGAUUAUGAGAAACAACUGCUCGAUGAAGAAUCACAACUUAUGUGUACAAAAUUACACGAAUCAUAUAUACAAAAAUCAGUACAAUUUGAAGAGAAUAAGAAUAAUGUUAAUGCUAUUACGCAUAGUAACAGUAAUAGUAAUACUAACGAUCACAAUUUCAUGAAUAGAAGAUAUAUAAAUGAUAAAAUUAGAGAACAGUAUAGACAGAAUUACAAUAGUGAAUCCAUGGACAAAGAUAUAAUAAGUUCUAAAGAACACAACAGACUGGCAACAUCGAUUGAAAUGAAAUCAGACAUGAUGAAACAAGACAUUUCAGAUACUGUUAGUAAUAAUAAUAGUAAUGCUAAUCCUGGUGAUACAAGUUUACUGAGUGAUUCAGUUCUCUUAUCAGAUAUCAAUAUUUCCGCGCCAAAUUCAAGUGAAGAUUCCAGUAAAGAUGCUGAUCGAAUGGAUGAUGACGAUGAACUCUAUGAAAUGGAUAGUGAUUCUGAAUCAGGUAAAAAUUCAAAACGACCACGUACAAUUCUGACAGCUAAUCAACGUCGUCGAUUCAAGGCAGUAUUCGAAUUUAAUCCAAAACCAACACGUAAGAUACGAGAAGCACUGGCAACAGAAACUGGUUUAAAUAUUCGUGUGGUGCAAGUAUGGUUUCAAAAUCAAAGGGCAAAGAUUAAGAAAUUAGCUCGUCGACAUGCUCAAGAAUCUCGAAAUCAAAUGAAUCGAAGAAUGCUGUCUACAAAUGAACAAAUAAAUAUGAUACGAUCUCCUAAUUCUAUGCUAUUUGAUCUAAGAAAUCCAUCCAUGUCAGAUAUGCCCUACAUGUUCAAUCCUAUGGGUAGUAACAGCUGUCAGGAGACAGCUCCGCUUCACAUGAAUUCAAUACCCGGGAAUAAUUCCAAUGAAAGCUGCAUCAAAAAUAGAAUGACUUCUUCCUCCUCUUCAUCUGCGGCGGCUUCUUUAACCACCUCAUCCUUUCCAAUGAUACCACAAACAAGUCAUCUGGAAGACAAAUAUCUCAAUAAUCCUCAAUGUAAUCCAACAUUGCAUCGCGCCAUUGGAGAACAACCGUCUUUAAUACUCCCUACAACGCAUACAUUACUCUCAUAUGCUAAUUCAAAACAGCAAAAUUCAUAUUUGUUAGAGGAAAAAUUCACUCCAAACACCUCAUCAUCGCAUCUUAAUAAUAAUAAUAUUAGUAAUAGUAGUACUACAAGUAGUUGUUCAUCAAUUUUCGAUGCAUCUAUCGACAAACUUUAUUCUAUGCAACAAACUUAUUUUAUGUAA